AUGACGCAAGCAAUACUGCCAGACUUCGACCUUGAUCGAUUCUCCAUUCCUAACAAACUGUUUAUUCACGGCGACUGGGCGGACAGCGGUGAAGAGCAGAAUCGAAGCUUGGCAUCGGCUGUCAAUGGCCAGACUAUAUGCAAAAACAUUCAUUGGGCCAAUGACAAGGACGUUGAUCGUGCUGUUGAAAGCGCCGGAGAAGGUCUCAAGGCCUGGCAAGCCCUUAGCAAGCGUCAACGACGAGAGGCUCUUGUUAAAUACGGCGAACUCAUCAGGAAGCACGCCGAAGAAAUUUUCUGGUUGGAGGCGGUACUCACAGGCAAGGCGCGAUCAUUCAGUACUUACGAAGUAGAUGCCGCUGCUGAGACAUUCAUCCACUUCGMAAAUGCGAUUGAUACAUUCCACGGGCAGGUGCUCAGCCAAGAAGACGACUGUAUCAAAUACACGCUGUAUCAACCAUACGGGAUAUGUGCGGCAAUCGUUCCAUUUAAUGGACCUCUAGUCUGCUUUGCCAUGAAGGCCGCGCCAGCUUUAGCUGCAGGCAAUGCCCUUAUUGUAAAAGCGAGCGAGAUGAACCCCUUUUCUACCCUUUUCGCAGUAUCCUUGGCGAUCCAAGCUGGAAUUCCUGCCGGAACCAUCAAUUGUCUUACGGGAGAUGGAGUGGCUGGAAAUGCACUAGCACGACACAUGAAAAUCCGCAAGAUUAGUCUCACUGGAAGCCUACCAACUGCACGGCUCAUACAAGUCGCCGCCGCUCAAUCCAAUCUGAAGAGCGUCACUCUGGAACUCGGUGGGAAGUCCCCUKUCAUUGUAUUUCCAGACGCAGAUUUUGACAAAGCCGCGGAAAGCUGCUGUCAGUUCUUGAUGCUCAAUGGCCAGGGUUGCAUGUUGGGCACGCGAGUAUAUCUCCAUGCAGACGUUUACGAUGCAAUGAUGAUGAGGAUCAAGGCAAUGGUAAACAUGUAUGAGGAAAAUCUUGGAUCGGAUCCUUUCCAAGACGGUACCUGGAGCUCUCCUUUGUUCCAUGCGCGUCAAAGAGACAUUGUACUGCAACAUAUCGAGAAUGGCAAGCAAGAGGCAACGCUACUCCCAGGAGGUGGCGAAAUCAUCGACGGCGAUGGGUGCUACAUUCGACCAGCAAUCUUCACGGAUCCAACGCCUGAAGCCAGUAUCCUGAAAAGUGAGAUUUUCGGCCCUGUCGUUGUCAUAUCGAAAUUCCAAGACGAGGAUGCAGUCAUACAGUCUGCAAAUGACUCUGAGCUUGGCCUCGGCGCAUAUCUCUGGACUCGCGAUAUUGGACGAGCACUUCGAGUCAGCAGUCGAAUUGAAGCUGGAUGCGUGGGRGUCAAUGGCAACACACAUGUGCCGUGGGUGCCACAUACGACCACUGGCGGUUGGAAACAGAGUGGUCAAGGGAUAGAGAACGGAAUGGCAGCGUUGAGGGAUUGGACGCAGAUGAAGAGCGUGAAAAUAUCGGCUUGA